UCGAUGUUUCGAUGAUAUCGAAGUCAACUCAUCGAGGUUAAAAAAUCGAUGUUUUCCAGUAAAACAUUGAUGUUUAUACAACAUCGAUGAAUAUCGUGCAUCCCUAUUGUGAAGCUGCUGACAUUGACAGUUUGUUUUGUUUGACAGCCAUAAAACAGAUUCAGACACCAAAAUUCUACACAAAAUUUGCACUAAAGAAACAGGAGAAUCUUCCUUAAAAUAAAUUAAAAUUUGGUAAUGAUCCGGGAAGAUGAUCCUCAGUUUCGCAUCACGCCAUUUCAACAAAUGGCAUCGGCAUGCUCCGGUGCUCUAAUAACCUCAUUAUUUAUGACACCAUUAGAUGUUGUUAAAAUUCGGUUGCAAGCACAACAGAAAGCAUUACUUUCAAAUAAAUGCUAUUUGUAUUGCAAUGGACUUAUGGAACAUCUUUGUCCCUGUGGGGAGACCGCAUGGAUUCCCCGAAGAGUGCAUUUUCAUGGAACUAUGGAUGCCUUUUAUAAAAUAGCAAAGCUGGAAGGAGUCCCAGCACUUUGGUCGGGGCUAAGCCCUACGUUAGUUUUAGCUCUUCCCUGUACAGUUAUUUAUUUUGUGUCUUAUGAACAACUUCGAUAUAGAAUGAAAACUUUAUAUAACCAAAUAUCAGGAAAUAUGACCCAGCCAAUGUGGAUACCGUUAAUAGCAGGAGCUACUGCUAGAAUGACUGCUGUAACUGUAGUUAGUCCAUUAGAACUCAUAAGAACUAAGAUGCAGUCGAAAAACUUGACUUAUGGAGAAAUUUCUUCUGCAUUACAACAAGUGAUACGGUAUGAGGGAUGUAGAGGGCUGUUCCGUGGAUUAGGUUCAACUCUUUUAAGAGAUGUACCUUUCUCAGGUUUAUACUGGACUACAUUUGAAUCCACAAAGAGAUUUUUUAAUCGGCCGGACUCUGAAAAGAAUACAUUUUUAUUUAACUUCUUUUGUGGAUCUGUAGCUGGCAGUAUUGCUGCUUUUGUGACACUGCCUUUUGAUGUCAUUAAAACACACCAGCAAAUUGAGUUGGGUGAAAAAGAAAUUUACACAGAUGGAAAAACACAACAAAGAGCAUCAAAUAUGCAGGAUAUUGCAAGGAACAUUUAUAGAAAUCAUGGGUUCAAAGGAUUGUUUACUGGACUAUUGCCUCGAAUUUUUAAAGUAGCACCUGCUUGUGCUAUAAUGAUUGCCACAUUUGAAUAUGGAAAACAGUUUUUCCAAAAAUACAAUACUCAAAAAUAUAAGGAGAAAAUGCAAAGCCAAGGCAUUGAAAUAGAAAUAAUAAAAAGUGAACAGUAGCAUGUGCAUGCAUCUGUCAAGGCAUCAGGAGUUAGUCUUAAUAGGAAAAUCAAAUAGUAAUGGCUAUUCCUAAUCGAGAUUUCUGGACACAUCAUGGAAUGCGUGGCAACUAUCAUUCAUUUUAAAUACACCUACAGACAAGAAGCAGCCAGGUGUACUAAUUGGAUAGGAAAUCAAACUCAGCAUUUUUUUUAUUAUUAUCCAAGCUAGGGGUUGUCCAUUAAUCACGUGAGGCUCGAAAGGGGGGGGGGGGGGGGUCCGUAAAAAAACACGAAAUAUCACAAGGGGGGAUGGUGGGUGUAGUAAUAUAUCACGUGUAUUUACGUGGUCCGAGGAUACUGUAUAUAUAAAUUGUUCAGUUUCUUUCUUUAUAUUGAUGUCAGUCAAAAACAACAUUUCUGUCUACCUCUAAAAGUUUAAAAAAAUAAGAUUCUUUGUAGGUACUAAAAAUACACGUGAUAUGGGGUGGGGGGUGGCGGGCUAGACUUUAACCUCACCAUGUAUCACCAAGGGGGAGGGGGGGUUAAAAAAUGCCAAAAACACAUCACGUGAUUAAUGGACGGCCCCCUAGUAAUGUAGAAUGCUGACAUGUAAAUAAAAAAAAAUACCUAAAAAGAUAUGCUCUUCAGAAUGAUUACAUAAAGCCAAUUGCCUAAUAUGGUAGAGCCUAGGAACUUGGGUAAAUCAAACAUUACCCAUAAAUCAGAAUUCAUGUAAACCUACCAAGGCGAUAAAUUUUCUAUCUCUAACAAGUUAUAGUAGAGAAUAUUAGUUCACUUGUGUACUUUGUGCUCAUAAUCAUACCAAGCAAUUAACAUAGAUAGGUUAUUAUAGUAAAAUUUAAAUUGUGUGGUGAAAAUUUAAAUCUUAUGUCUGAACAGUUAAACACAAUUGAUGGACUAACAAAAGUAUGUUGUUUUUGCCAAAGAAAUGUCUGGAUGCAGAUCCAAACGCCUAAAUAAUUUUUGUUAUGCCCAUGAACUAAGUUAGAGCAACUAUGUACCUGGUUAUUGUUAAUUAAAUUAAAGACCACAGUAAACUUCUUUAGCAUCAACCAUUGACAAGGAAGCCUGCACAGUAGCAAUUUUUCAUACAAAUUCAUCUACUGUGCAAGUUUAUAUGCCUGUGGUUAUCCUCAAGAAGUUUUCUGCUACCUAUACUCUUCCUCAAUACAUGUCACAUUUAUAGACAUUUAUGGAAAUUGAUAAUUUUAUAUGCCCUAUGAUAUAUACAUAUAUUUUGUUCUAUUUUAUCCUUUUGGGCUUUUUGUAAAUAGUUUAAAUUUCACAUGGACAAUUUUACGGCUGUUAUAAUUUUAUAAAGAAACCAAUAGAUUUAGUAUAGGUAAUUCAAAUUAUUGUUGUAAAUAAUGUACUAUUGUGUACUCAUUUGUAAAUAAAUGUAAUAAUAAUUAAAAAGUCUUUUAGUUGAAUUCAAUAUCAUGGAUUUAUAUAAAUUCUGUAGUGUUCUUAUACCUAUAUUAUUUAUCUAAAACUUUUUUAUACUGUAGUAUGGGACACCUAUAGAUUGUAAACAGAUAGAAUGUUUUUGAUUUGAUAAUAACUAUUCAUGCUAAUCUAAAUGAUUAAAGUAAUAUGACUGUUGAUAUUGAGAACCUGUCAGCCUUGUGUCAUUGUUAAAAUCAAGUAAAUGACAAAUUGAUUCAACGCAAUGUAAAUAAAAUUAGCAAACAAAGGAAGUAUGAUAAAAGUUGUAAGGGAGAGGAUAAAAAUGAAAUAGUACUUUUAAAACUUAACUUUAAUACUAUAGCUUACAAGUAACAUCAGUGCACAAUGGGACCUAAAGGUUCCGCUUUUAUAUUGCCCAAGUCGAGUCUACUGUCAAUAGAUUCAUCUAUUUGUCCAACUACAGCAAUAUUAUCUCCGCGAAUUAUGUGAAGACCGAGGACCACUUGAGCUAUGCCAGUAGAUGAUGAAAACACUCUUUCAUGAGACUCAUCUAAAAUAAUAUUGAUGGUCUGAUCAAAACCCUUCAAUGUUCCAAUGAAAUUACGCCCGUCCGCAGUUAUAACCGAUACUGUCUGAUUUACAUAGUUUUCCAGACCAGAAGCCAUUUUUACUAUUACAGUUGUUUUGUAAAUAAAUUCACGGUAAUAUCUAACCGAUUUUCAAGAUUUGGUUAGAAUUUCUAUGACUGACAGUGAGGUAAACAAAUGCGAUAAAAAGCACAGAUAAGAAAU